AUGGACGCGGAGGAGCAGCCCCGGAAGGCCGAGGCUGUGAAGGCCGCCUCCGAGGACGAUGGCUUCCGCCUUGUCUUCACGUCCACCCCAGGCUGCCCGGGCCGGAAGUGCCGCCCGGGCCGGAAGUGCCGGCCAGCCCUGCCGGAAGCAGCCGCCCUCCAGCGCCGGCCUCGAGGACUGCGGCCCCAGAGCUGCAUCCUGUCUCUGAGCCAGCCACAUUAUGGAAAAUCGAUUGUUGUGGACCCCAACAAGGAGACCUAUGAGUACACCUCACACACGUGGGGACCUCCUGGCUACCCCCCAAGGCAGGCCGGGCGGAAGCUGCGGCGCAGGCGCGCUGGCUCCGCGGCGCUUCCCUCUGGCCGGGUCGAGGCGUUCCCAGCAGGCACCGCGCCGCGGCUGCGCAGUACCGGGGAGGCUUUUAAUUCCAUUGUGGAGAGGACGGCGUUAUUUUUAUUAACUGGAGGCGACGGCGGCUGCGGCGGCAGCGGGACCCCGGCCGCCCCUCCCCCGCAGUGCGUGUUAGCCUCCUCUACCUCCGCAACCCCGGCCGCCGAGCCCCCCCCUCCGCCAGCCCCGGACAUGACUUUCAAGAAGGAGCCGGCGGCGUCAGCCGCGGCCUUCCCCUCGCAGAGGACCUCCUGGGGAUUCUUGCAGUCCUUGGUUAGCAUCAAACAAGAGAAGCCAACAGAUCCCGAGGAGCCGCAUUCCCACCACCACCAUCACCACCACCACUUUGGAGGGCUGUUCGCUGGGGCCGACGAGCGAUCCCCGGGCCUAGGAGGCGGGGACGGGGGGAGCCACGGCGUCAUCCAGGACCUCAGCAUUCUCCACCAGCAUGCCCAGCAGCAACCAGCCCAGCACCACCGCGACGUGCUGCUCAGCAGCAGCAGGACUGAUGACCACCGUGGCAACGAGGAGCCAAAGCAGGACACUAAUGUCAAAAAGGCAAAGAGGCCAAAGCCAGAAUCUCAGGGAAUCAAAGCCAAGAGGAAGCCAAGUGCAUCUUCCAAACCUCCUUUGGUUGGAGAUGGAGAAGCUGCCAUCCUCUCCCCAAGUCAGAAACCUCAUAUCUGUGAUCACUGCAGUGCUGCUUUCCGAAGCUCCUAUCACCUGCGGAGACAUGUCCUCAUUCACACGGGAGAAAGGCCUUUUCAGUGCAGCCAGUGCAGCAUGGGCUUCAUUCAGAAAUACCUACUGCAGAGACACGAGAAAAUCCAUAGUCGAGAGAAGCCAUUUGGAUGUGACCAGUGCAGCAUGAAGUUUAUUCAGAAGUACCAUAUGGAGAGACACAAGAGGACACAUAGUGGAGAAAAGCCAUACAAAUGUGACACUUGCCAACAGUAUUUUUCCAGGACUGAUCGAUUGUUGAAGCACAGGCGCACGUGUGGUGAAGCCUUAGCUAAAGGAGCAGCUAGUGCAGAGCCUGGGUCAUCAAACCAUAGCAAUAUGGGUAAUCUGGCUGUGUUGUCUCAGGGAAGUACAAGUUCAUCAAGGAGGAAAACAAAGUCAAAAGGCGUAGCUAUUGAAAAUAAGGAACAUAAGACUGGUAAAGCAAAUGAAUCACAAAUUCCCAACAGUAUAAACAUGCAGAGUUACUCCGUAGAGAUGCCUACUGUGUCUUCCAGUGGAGGCAUACUUGGCGCUGGUCUCGAUGAAUUGCAGAAAAGGGUGCCAAAAGUGAUCUUCAAAAAAGGAAGCAGAAAGAAUACAGACAAAAACUACCUUAAUUUUGUGUCACCGUUACCAGACAUUGUUGGACAGAAAUCCUUGUCUGGAAAACCCAGUGGUUCCCUUGGCCUGGUAUCAAAUAACAGUGUGGAGACCAUUAGUCUUCUCCAAAGCGCAAGUGGCAAACAAAGUCAAAUAAGUAGUAAUUAUGAUGAUGCCAUGCAAUUUUCAAAGAAAAGAAGAUAUUUGCCAACUGCCAGCAGCAACAGUGCCUUUUCUAUAAAUGUAGGACACAUGGUCUCCCAGCAGUCAGUCAUUCAGUCUGCAGGUGUCAGUGUUUUGGACAACGAGGCGCCAUUGUCGCUUAUUGACUCUUCAGCUCUAAAUGCUGAAAUUAAGUCUUGUCACGACAAGUCUGGAAUUCCUGAUGAGGUUUUACAAAGUAUUUUGGAUCAAUACUCCAACAAAUCAGAAAGCCAGAAGGAGGAUCCUUUCAACAUAACGGAGCCGCGGGUGGAUUUACACACCUCAGGAGAACACUCAGAAUUGGUUCAAGAGGAAAAUUUGAGCCCAGGCACCCAGACACCUUCAAAUGAUAAAACAAGCAUGUUGCAAGAAUACUCCAAAUACCUCCAGCAGGCUUUUGAAAAAUCCAAUAAUGCAGGUUUUACUCUUGCACCCAGUUUCCAGUUUGUCAGUCUCUCGUCACCUCUCCAUAACCACACUUUAUUUCCAGAAAAACAAAUAUACACUACAUCUCCUUUGGAGUGUGGUUUCGGCCAAUCUGUUACCUCAGUGUUGCCAUCUUCAUUGCCAAAGCCUCCUUUUGGGAUGUUGUUUGGAUCUCAGCCAGGUCUUUAUUUAUCUGCUUUGGAUGCAACACAUCAGCAGUUGACACCUUCCCAGGAGCUAGAUGACCUGAUAGAUUCUCAGAAGAACCUAGAGACUUCAUCAGCCUUCCAGUCCUCAUCUCAGAAAUUGACUAGCCAGAAGGAACAACAGAAAAACUUGGAGUCCUCAACAAGCUUUCAGAUUCCGUCUCAGGAGUUAGCUAGCCAGUUAGAUCCUCAGAAAGACAUAGAGCCUAGAACAACGUACCAGAUCGAGAACUUUGCACAAGCAUUUGGUUCUCAGUUUAAGUCGGGCAGCAGGGUGCCAAUGACCUUUAUCACUAACUCUAAUGGAGAAGUGGACCAUAGAGUAAGGACUUCAGUAUCAGAUUUCUCAGGGUAUACAAAUAUGAUGUCUGAUGUAAGUGAGCCAUGUAGUACAAGAGUAAAGACACCCACCAGCCAGAGUUACAGGUAAGGUCCCCAAAGUGACCAGGCUGGGGGUCUUCUAAUGUAAUUUUGUUUUAUUUUGAGAACACUGCCAUUGGAAUGUUUCUACACGAUCCUAUUAAGAAUAAUGUAAUGCCCUUUCAAUGCAACUUUUCAUAUUUAGUUUAUUUUGUUAGCGUGAUUUUAGCUGUUUGUAUUAUGAUUUUUUAAUCAAAAUCAAUAGAUUAAAAAUAGUUUGACAUUCAAAGUGACAAUGUUUAGCAAUCAAAUUUACAUGUAUAGAUUGUCAGGGAUUAGCCCAAAAGUUUUAAAUGCAAAAAAAAGGAAAAAAAAAAAACCUUUAAAAAAACCUAGAAAAAAACAAAACGAAAAAUUUAAAAAAAACUUUGUUGCUAGGAUUAAGGUUAUUCUAAUUGCUUUACUCUCAGGAAAGUGUAAUAACGCAUGGGAAUUCUGUACGUUAUCACUGUAAUGGAAUAUCCAAUUUACAGAUAGUAUGAUAUACAUUUCAUCAUUUAAGGGAUCGAGAACAUUUCAAAUUGCUCCAUCUGGACUGAUAAGAUACACAUUUCAUCUUUUUUAAGUAAGGGAUCGAAAACAUUUCAAAUUGCUGUCUCCGUCUGGGCUGAUCCAGAAUUCUGAGGUGUUGGCUACCUAUAUUUUGUUGCAGCUUUUUAAUGCACUCUGAACUUCCAGACAACAUUCAUUCCAGCCUGGUAGAACACAUAUUCUUGGAUCUUUGAUCAGAGCCUGGAAUGAUAGCUUGACUAUACGAAGGAGGGGGGGGGGGGGCACUCACUCUCCCCUAAUCUGAGCUGUAGCAAGGCUGUAAUUCCAUUAAGAGAUUCUACUGAUUUAUAGGACAGUGUUGAAGCCCAAGUGGUUGUUGGUUGUUGGUUCCAGUAUUAGAACCCAAGUUGGCAUUACAUAAUUCAUUGCAAUUUGGGGAACCUAUUAUUUAUUAUACAUGGCCUAAAACAUUGUUACUCUGAUCUGUCCUAUCACUUACACUUCUCCUGUGUGGGGUUUUUGUUUUUAUUUUCUUAGAGUUCUAGGCCUUCCUUGUUCCCUCUUUUCUCUAUCUUGAUAGUUUAAACUUUACAGUGAUUCACAUGCUAAUGAUUCAUUAUGCAUUUUAUAUGCCACGAGAGGCACCCACAUACUGAGCAGUAGGGCAAACAACCCUCCUCCCCCUUUUUUUAAGAAAUCCCUUAAACAUUUUCAUGUAUAAUAAAACUCCUAUUCAAAGCUAUGAACAUUAAUAAGGUUGUAAUCCCGACUGGUGAAAUUGCUGGUAAGAGUGUGUCCAUGUUGAUGAUGACAUCAGAACCUCUCUGAAACUGCAGCCUUUAAUGUACAUUUUUAAAGGGUACAUUUUGUCAGUAUUGUACGUGGGUCUUGUAAAGUCAUCAAAACUUGCUAUGAACGCUAAUGGCCAUUUGAAGCUACUGAAAGGCGGUGGCUCUGCUCUAAACCACUUUUUAGCAAUUGUAUUUUUUUCCUGAUUAUAUUUUUUAAUGUACUUUGGUGUUUAUGCUGAUGAGUUUUUUUAUGUACUUUUGGUGAUGUUUCAGUCUUAUGUACUUUUCUGACGUCAGAAAAGUACCACUGGUUGUUUGCAGUCUUAUUGUGUAAUCAGCCUACCACAGGCGUCCAUGUAUAAUAAAGUAAUUAAUAUUGUGCAAGUGUAAAACACUUCUGUUAUGAAAGCAGUGUUUGGAAAGAUAAGAAAUUAUUUUAAAAAAUGGUUACAAAAUACUAGUUAAUUUCCUUUCCCCACUCUUUCACCCGUGAGUCUUCUUUAUCAGCCGAAGAGUCACCUGUUUGUCAAUGCAAGGUUUUUAGAAAAAUGUAUUUAAUCUUAAAUUCACUCAGUACUAAAAAGUUUGUAUUUCUUAUUUUGGUAAGUGCGGUAAGUUCUAUUGGGUACAGAAUCCCAGCUGUAAUCAAAGGAUAGAGAGGACUUUUACCACUGUAUCUCUUAAGCUGUAUGAUUUUUCUCCAGUUUUUUUGUUUUAUACAGGUUUUGAAUUUCUUUUAACUUUUAUUGUGUGUACUGAAUACUGCUUAUGUAUUAUUCUGAUUGUUUGCUCUAGUUUACUACCAAUAAAAGUCCUGUUAAUCACAAAAUUGAAGAAAGGAGAUAUCACUUAAUACCCAAUCACGUUUUUUCAUAUUUUCCUGUUGAGUUCAUUUCAUUAAAUGUUCACGUCCGUGGUGUAA